AUGCAUUCCCGUGAAAGUUCAGGGGAAGGUUGGGAAGGGGGCCCUCGCAAGUACGCCUACAAUCGCGAGGGAGCCCGGGAACGAGAGAUGCAUCUCUAUCUUCCAUAUUGGGGCUUUUCAGAUUCCGAGAAGCAUGCUCAACAGUCUAUCGGAACCCACCCGAACGUGUCACGCGACAAUGUCUUGACGGUCUUUGCGCAGCUCGCUGCACUACGAAUGGGCGCUCAAAGAGCCCUGAUAUCGCUUUUUGAUAAAAGCAUGCAACACGUUGUUGCGGAAGCAACUCCAGGACUUAGCUUGCGCGGCACUGAGACGUGCGAGCGAACGGAAGCCUUAUGGCUGGGCGUUUGUCGCCUGCCACGCCAGAAGAUCGCAAUGUGCUACCAUGCAGUGAGAUCAUUUGUCGAAGACGGAGAGGACAUUUUUGUUGCGACGGACCUUGCUGAAGACGAGCGAUUCAAGCACCACCCAUCGGUAACUGCUUAUCCGCACAACAGAUUUUACGUGUCAGUGCCCAUCCAGUCCCCGGAUGCAUAUGUCAUUGGGAGUGUGGCAGUGCUGGACGACCGGCCGAGAGAUGGAGUCCGUGAUGAGCAAGUACGUUUUUUGAAAGAACUCUCGGCAACGGUUAUGGAUCACUUGCUGUCUCAACGCGCGAUGCGAGAGGAGUAUCGCGAGGAGAAGAUGGUCCGGGCACUGGGCUUGUUUGUCCGAGGCAAGUCAGAUCUGAACGAGUGGUUCUAUAGUCGAAAUUCCCCGGACAAAAAAUACGGCUCAAAGAUGGCACAUAUCAACAGGCGGUUGGAGCAACUGCAGGUCUCUGUGUCAAGCCCCGAUGAGGACGAAGAGCAACAGGAGUGGAUGGACAAGGAUGGGGAAGCCACAACAGGCAAAGCCAAAGAAAACAAAAAAUACAAAUAUAGAUCGCCUGUCCGAAAAUUUGGGAACCAACAGGACAGUAAAAAGGAGGAUGAGGACGAGGUAGAUAACAAAAAGAGCAAAAGGCAGCGCCCCAGGCUUUCACCUACCACUAGCCAACUUCAAGAGACACUUGCGCCGUCUAAUGUCCGGUCGGUGGUCAAUCGCGCCGCUUCUUUGAUAUAUCAGGCACUGGAUGUCGAAGGGGCAAUGUUUAUUGAUGCAAGCGUGUAUGCUCGUCGACAAACUAUGGGUUCUACCGAGACUACCCAUGAUACACCAGAAGCAUACAGCAUUGGAAACCAGGUAGACGAGGACCAAGUCCCUUCUGCCUCAUGCCCGGAGUCUGGGUUCCAAGGGUCAACCGAUAACGAAAAGGAGGCCAGAAGUCUGGUCCUUGGCCACUUCACCUCGUCGACAUCUGACCAAGCCGAGAAUCUGAAAAACAGUCACUAUAUCUCUCUCUCUGGCGCUUUUGUGAGUCAUCUUAUUGACCAGUACCCCAAGGGGAAGAUCUUCCACAUUGAAGAAGAUGGCUCCAUCGCGCUAAGUUAUGAGGGACUAGCCGAUGAGAUGGACUACUCAGAAAAUGGUGGACGUGGCGCACAGACUACAGAGGCCCAGAAGAAAGACGUACAGCAGGAGACAAUGGAUAUCAAGCAACUUAUGAAGGUUUUACCGGACGCAAGAUGCAUUGCCAUUUUUCCUGUCUGGGACUUUCAGCGAAGCCGCUGGUUUGCAGUCAAUUUGGUCUGGACGGACGAUCCAGGCAGAGUGUUGUCUGAGCCAAAAGAUCUAACUUACAUGGCGGCAUUCAGUAACACGGUCAUGGCUGAGGUGUCCCGCUUGGACUUGGAGGCAGCCGACCGAGCUAAGGGCGAUUUCAUUUCUUCUAUAUCUCAUGAAUUGCGGUCGCCUUUGCACGGCUUACUCGGAACUGUAGAGCUGCUCCAAGAUAUGGUGAACUCCUACGCGCAGCGGUCGUUGAUCGAGACCAUAUACAGUUGCGGGAGGACAUUAUUAGACACGUUAAACCAUCUGCUUGAUUAUGCUAAGAUUAAUACUCUCACCCGACCGCGGCUGUCGGAUAUGGCUGGUCGACAAGGAGGAACAGACGUGUCCAAACCCCAAUCAGCGGCGCCUGGCUUUCUUCAGGAUGAAGACCUGGGCGUGCUGGCACAGGAAGUUAUUGAGGGCCUUCUUGCAGGAGCAGAGUAUCAGCGUCGCGGGCCCAACGGCAACAAUGGGGUAGCUAUGAAGAAUAAUGUCAAUACCCCAGAGUCUCGACUGAUGACUAUUGUGGAUAUUGAGUGGCAGGACAGUUGGCAGUUCAGUGUUUAUGCUGGAGCUUGGCGCAGGGUGGUGAUGAAUCUAUUUGGCAACGCUCUCAAGUACACGCGUACAGGGUACAUUCGACUACUGAUGAAGAAGGACACGUUGAUUACGGACGGCAAGGGCCCUAGUGCAGCAGUUCACAUCACAAUCAGUGAUUCUGGGCGCGGCAUGUCUGAAGACUUCCUUAAAAAUCAUCUAUACAGUGCCUUUCUCCAAGAGGAUACCACGUCACCUGGUCUAGGGGUUGGUCUUCACUUAGUCCACCAAAUCGUGAAGUCUUUGAAUGGACAAAUCAAAUUUACAAGUGAAGUCGGUCGGGGGACAAGUGUCGACGUCGUUCUCCCUGUGACACCACCAGAACGGUCGACCUCCGUCCAAUCCUCCGACUAUACCGGUUUGAGAGAUAGGCUAAACGGCAUGACGGUCUCGUUAUUCACAAGGAGCUCUCAAAUGGGCGACCUAGGAUUCGAUCAGCAAACAUUUGAAGAUGUGCUGUCAAGUCUGGGACGAAUGGUGUCAGGAUGGUUUGGUUUAAGGGUGUUGAGUCACGAUGAACUUACAUAUGAACAACCGGAUUUCGCUAUUAUUACUGAGCAUGAAUACUACAAGUAUUAUCGACAAGGCUCCAACGAGCCGGCACCGGAUAGCUCGGAAAUCAAACCGUCGCUUCCGUUGAUUGUUCUCGGUACACGAACCAGUAGCUGGAAAGCUCUGGGAGAGACUGUGGAUGAUUCUGUUAUCUUUCUAACACAGCCUGUGAGUCCCAAGACUCUCUCAACAGCAUUCGAGCAUUGUCUGGGCUUGUCAGGUCACUCUGAGGAGUCAAUGCCAAAAAGCGACCACUGCCCUCACAGACCUGCCAGAAAGAUCUCCCAGGGAUCUAACCGAGGACCGGAAGUCCAAGCCAAUAACAGUAAACCUGAGCAUCUACAACAGACUGAUGUUGACGGCGAUGAUGCGGCCACUAGUGAUGACAAACAAGAAUCGUCCAACAGCGAAGGAGAAGCUCAGGUGAACUACAUGCCAGGCAACAUUCUUCUCGUAGAGGAUAAUCAAGUCAAUCUUAAGAUUAUUGAAAUGUGUGUCAAGAGUGCUGGGUUCAAGUACCAGACUGCAUCCAAUGGUCGGGACGCCUUGGAGAAGUUUAAGGCCGAUCGAUAUGACGCUGUAGUGAUGGAUAUCUCCAUGCCCGUUAUGGAUGGCCUGACAGCCACCCGCGAGAUGCGACAUUUUGAACGCACGAAAAAGCUGCCACCUGCCACUAUAAUCAUACUAACUGCUGUUCUGUCCGCCUCUAUGCAGCAUGAAACCAUGAUCAGUGGGGCCAAUAUGUUUCUCACAAAGCCUACGUCGCUGAAGCAAUUGAAGGAAAUACUGCAGAAGCUAUCUGAAGGGAAGGAUGUAUCUGACGAAAUGAGCUCAUGA